AGGGAUCGGACGGGUCGGGCUGUGCCGCGAAAAGCUCCCUGCAGUGCGGGGAGAACUCCCGCUUUCUUCUGCUUCUGCUGCUAUACACACCCACCCCGCCGCUGCCGCCUGAGUUCCCCUCCCCGUACUGGUCCGCCAAUUCCGGCUUCCCCCUAUUGUGCCCCGCCGCCGCGCCAUGUGACCGGGGAAGGUGACAGAGCACUUUUAUCUGCUUAGUCAUCGUCCCCCCCUCCCUGCCCCCGGUUUAAGAAGAUCUACCCCGGGAGCCGGCGGCGGCGCGACCCCUUCCAGCCAAGCCGAGGAGCACAGCAAGGGCAGCGGCAGCGCCGGACUCUGGACGCCCACAUGGGGAGCGAGAGCGGCAGCGGCGGGGUCUUGCUGGAGCAAGCGAGCACCCUCAACCUGCAGACGGGCAACCUGCUCAACUGGGGCCGCCUGCGGAAGAAGUGCCCGGCCACCCCGAGCGAAGAGCUGCGGGAUUGCAUUCAGAAAACCAUAAAUGAAUGGAGUUCAAAGAUCAGCCCUGAUCUAAUGCAGGAGAUGCCAGAAAUCCUUGACUGUACUCUUGCUCAAGCAAUAGAAAAAAUCAAUUCUGAAGAAAGGGACGAGUUGAAGGUUUCAGCAAAACUGUUUAUCGCAGGAUCAAACACUUCCUCUAUCAGAGAAGCUGUCGAUAUGACAUGUUCUGCCCUUGGUGUCGACCAGUUGGAUUCUGUCAUCAUCUCUCCUCCUCCAACCGAAGACGGAAUUAAUCUUUCUUUAGAAUAUUUACAACCUUACUGGGCAGAGCUUGAAAACCUAGUUCAAAGCAAAAAGAUUGUUGCCAUAGGGACUUCUGAUUUAGAUAAAACCCUGUUGGAGCAACUAUUCUUGUGGGCGGAGGUGAAACCAAGCAGUAACCAGGUAAAUCUCGCUUCUUGUUGUGUGAUGCCACCAGAUCUGACUGCAUUUGCAAAAGAGUUUGAUAUCCAGCUGUUAACUCAUAAUGAUCCAAAAGAACUGCUUUGCGAAGCAAGCUUCCAAGAAACACUUCAGGAGAGUAUUCCAGACUGCCAAGCGCACAAAUGGACUCCACUGUGGCUUCUACGAUAUUCAGUCAUUGUGAAGAGCAGAGGAAUUAUCAAAUCUAAAGGCUACAUCUUGCAAGCUAAAAGAAUCCCAUUGUCUUAAGAUUGAUCUUAACCAUAGCCUGCUUAUGAGACACCAUAUCUCUACUAGAUAUUGCACCAAGCUGCAAACUGGAAUUUGUAAAGACCAAAAGUUUUUAUCAUCAAGUAUUUGGCAAAAUCCAAAUUACAUAGUGAUAUAGCAGUCGACACCAUAGUUGUCUAUCCAUUUCCUUUUCUUUCAUAUAUGUGUUCUAUCUUGAGAUCAGUUUGCUCACAUGUGAAAUACUGUUUUCCAUUCAAUUUAGAGAUUAUAUAUACAUAAAAUAUUUGGAAUAUUUUACUGACUAAUAUAAACUAAAAAUCUGACUAGGUAUAUUUUGAUUGAAAUAUUUUUAUUUGCAAGGAAUAAUGUAACUUGUUAGACUUUACUGCUGCUGAAUUGAUGAAUUUAGGAACACUGGUAAAACAAGCAACUUUCCAAUAUUAGAUCAGUGGUACAAAACUAAGUGUAUGCAAGCAAAUUGCUUAAUAUAUACAUGGAUGCAAUGUAUACUUGAUUCCUUCCCUCCCAUCAUAGUACAAGAGGCCUUUUACUUGGCCUUGCAUAACUUUAUCUUCUGUUCUGUGCCACAUUUCUCUUGGCCUAUGUCCAGGAGAUAGCAUAUUUCUGUUCGAAUUGGAGAGCAUUGGUCAAACAGAAUUAACUUUGUUAAAGCUUGUUUUGCUUUGACAAAGAAUAGCACAAUUCCUAUUUUGAGAACCAUAAAAGGCUGAUUGUGUUUUAUAUAUAAAUUUCAGCAUUGCACUCAAUGUAAUCAUCAGGCAGUUCUGGGGACACUCAAAGGUAAAUGUGCUCUCUUUAAAAGCAAACCAAAGAUGACUUAAGUUACACACAUGCAAUGUUUGUGUUUUUGCCAGAACAAGUUUGGUGUAUGCUGUUGACUGCUUGGCCUAAAGAAAUGGAUGUAACUAGAAGCAGCCUCCUAAUUUUUCAUCUGGAAUAUCUCCAAAGAGAAAGCCUUAUUAAGACUUCUGUACAAAGAUGUUUUGGGCAAUAUCUUAUGGGAUUGCUGCCUGCUAGAUGGAAGCCUCCACUCUCUGAGGCUUCCGAGUAACCUAUGCCCUGCCUGGCUACUGCUGGCGAGGUGGGAAGAGUGAUGGAGGCAAUUUUCAUCUCCAUUACCCCCACCCCCGGUAGAUGGGCUUCUAAACCCAUCUAGAGAAGUUGCACUGCUGGGACAAGGCAGGAUAGAGCAGAUCCUGGCUUCUCCCCCCUCUUCCCACCACUGGAACACCUUUUUUUUUACUUCUGCAAGGUCAUCCGAGGUCAUUUUCACAGUCUUGGAAAACAGGCCUUGUAGUUCUUUAUGUGGUAGUGGGGAGGGAUCGAUUCACAUCUCAGAGUGUUCCUGCCAAAGUCAUAGGAGUGUCUAUGGCUUCAGGAGGGGAAAUCCAAAAAAUAUGAUGUCCUUGGGACAUUCUCCCAGGAACUAUAGGAUUGCUCCCUUUGUAAAUUUUGUGUGAUUUGGAUAAGGUUAAAAUUUGUAUCUGUUUACCUAUUAAUGCACCAAUGAAAGUUUUCAUAAAGGGGUGGUGAACUUUAUCUGGAGUCCAAAAUUUUGCGUUCUGAUAAAAAUAAUAUUGUUACAGGCAGCUAGACGGAAUAAAUGCUUUUUACUGUCCAUCAUACCAUAUUGACAUACUUUAAUCCAUUCCAGUGGGUAAAUUUCUCAUGCUUUUUUAGAUGAUUUUGAAUAAGGGAGAUUAGCAUGUGGUGGUGGUGGUUGGGUCCUAAAAUAUUUUAAGCAUGCAGUGGACACUCUAGAUUUCAACUGUUACUUUGAGUUUAAGUUCCAUUGAAAUAAUUGGAGCACUAGUGGUUAGUAAUGCAUGAAGUCAUGUACCAAAAGUCAUUUGAGAGGAAUCCAGGAAAACUAAUGAAAUUGAUUUGAUUCAAGCUUGUCCAUCAGGAUUCUGGAGUAAACUUUGAUUUGCUGCUUAAAAUAACUGAAUAACUCUGGAGAUAUUGAUUAUAAAGUAGUAUAUUAUUGAAUGUUCUGAAAAAGUGUUGUUUAUGCAAAAUUGGGGUUGGAGUAUGAAAUGGGUGAAACUGUAGAAAUCUACAGUUUUAUAUAGUCUGCGUCAAAUUAACUGAUCUUAUUUAAACUUGUGUACUAAAUGUACUUUUUACUAGUUUGAAAUUAUUAUUGCUUUUUUUAAAAAGAGCUUGCUUUACAGAAAUCUGGUAACUGUUUUUCCUUUGCAUCUGUGCAGACUUCCUGGUUCUGUUUCACUUUGGGGGUGGAAAAUAAAGAUUUUGGUCCAUUUUUUCUCCCUUAA